AGACCUGGGAGGCGAAAAAUGGCGCCGACGUGAGCGAGAGCUUGCGGCCACCGAAGGAGUCACCGCAGCCUUAGCUGGAGCUGCCGGAGCCGCGGGAACAAGAAGCCGAACCAGGCCGAGGAUGGAGGAGGAAACCUCGGGUCCCAGCCCGGACAUGCCGGGCACUGCAGAGCCCAGCUCCAGUGAGACCGACAAGGAGGUGUCCCCAGUUGUGGCUGCUGUAGCCACUUCCUCUUCCAUGGGGGAGGAGCCAGGCUCUGACCAGGCAGCCACACCCCCAGUGUGGGAACGUGGAGGGCUUGGAGGGACCCAGCAGGGUGCCUCCCCAGCCCCAGACAGUGGCCAUGCUGGCCCUGGACCCGGCCUUGGCCUGACCAGCACUGUCUCCGGAACCAGUGAGGACCUGCGGCCUCCCAGACGACGCCCACCACCAGGGAAGCAGAUACCCUGCUCCAGCCCUGGCUGCUGCCUCAGUUUCCCCAGCGUUCGAGACCUGGCACAGCAUCUGCGUACCCACUGCCCACCCACACAGUCCCUGGAAGGCAAGCUCUUCCGCUGUUCCGCCCUGAGCUGCACCGAGACUUUCCCCAACAUGCAGGAACUGGUGGCACACGGCAAGCUGCACUACAAACCCAAUCGCUACUUCAAGUGUGAGAACUGCCUCCUGCGCUUCCGCACGCACCGCUCCCUCUUCAAGCACCUGCAUGUUUGCGCCGAGCAUGCGCAGAGCCCAGCCCCGCCGCCACCCCCCGCCCUCGACAAGGAGCCACCAGCGCCCGAGCGCCCCCCGGAGUCCGACCCUGCGUUGGCGCCUGGGCUACAGUUCCCGCUGCUCGAGCCGUUCACGACCUCUGCCCCUGCCCCCACCGGGCCCUUCCUGCCGUACUUGAACCCCGCGCCUUUUGGCCUAAGCCCACCACGCCCGCGCCCCUUUCUGGCCGCCGCUCCCGGGCCGCCCGCCUCCAGCGCGGCAGUCUGGAAAAAGAGCCAAGGUGCCGGCGGCAGCCCGCGAAGACCCCAGGGCGGCUCCGAUACGCCCUCAGGGCACGCGGCCCCGAGCCGCAUCGUGUGGGAGCACACGCGCGGCCGCUACUCGUGCAUGCAGUGCGCCUUCUCCACGGCCUCGCGGCCCGCCAUGACCCUACACCUGGAGGACCACCGCCCCAUCGCCCCUGCGGCCCCGGCGCCCGGGCAGCCGCGCCCCGACGCGCCGGCGGGUAAGGCCCGGGAGCGCAAGGGUGGGGAGGGCGGGGGCCCUGAGGCGAGGGGCGGGGCUGAGGCUCAGGCGCCCCCUCCUCUGCUCCACCCAGACCCGGCCCCGCUGGCACCCAAGGUGUCGCCGCUGCUGUCAGAGGGGGAGUGUCCGGUUUUCUCGCCGCUCUGAACCACGCCGCGUUGCGGGUGGGCUGUGGGUAGUUUUGUAAUUUUAGGGGGGCCUGCGAUGGGCGGGGUGGCGGGACAAUAAAGGAGGCAGAUGAGCCAGCCUGUGCUGUGUCUGGGUCCCAUGCCCCUCCAGUGCAGUCCUGGGGCGCUCCCACCUCGGAAGGGGGCAGGCCUCCCCCUCACAGCCCACCUGUGUCCCACCUCCCCUGUCAACCUCAGCAGUGGGACAGCUGUAGAUGGUCCUCUUUCCUGUCCCACCACUUCCAGAAACCAUAUGAGACGGAAGUUUUAUU